AUGCCACAACAGCGUCGAAAGAGAUCCGCACUUGGUUCAAGGCCCAAGCUUCUCAAGCCUGACUACUUUGCUCCUUUCCUUGCAGACAUUCAAGGCAAGCUUGGUGAAAGUUGGGUGUUCUACGAGGAGUGCAUGGAUGGCAUCUUAGACGCAGCGGCUAGUCAGCAAGAUACUAUCGCGUGGUUGGAACAAAUGCAGCAACUUGUCGAUGGUUAUGACACUGUCACAUUCAGUCAUGAAGGUGUUCUCUUUCUCCUCGGAGGCAUGGGCAUCCAGCUGCCUAAACAACGAAACUGGGGUGAAGGAGAGAAACAUCACGUCGGCAUCCGCAGUUCACCUCCACUUUUACCAGUCGAGCUCUCUGCAGCGCCACAUUCUCCACGUGUUGAUAACAUGGCUACCCUUCCAUUACGUCCGCACAACACCAUGGCCUCUCUACUCCCCCAUCGAUCGCUUCAACCAACACUCCCAUCACAUACACCUCACACUCAGCAAGAGCAGCAGCGGCAAGCACCCAGCUUUCUCGAUCGAACACAGAGAGUACUGCCUUUCGACUUCAGCGCAUCCACACAGCCAGUGCUGACCCUACCCAAGGAUCUCAAGGCCUUUUACUAUCCACCCGAGCAGAUCAUCUUGACAGAAAACCACGUUCCCCCACCACCAAACCCACUCAGAAAACACUCGAGCAACCCGGUCUUCUUUACCGACCCACCGCUCAGAGAAGAUGUUGCUGAACUCUUUGGUCACGCGGUUCGCGGCGAGAACAGUAACAGCCGUAACGUCUCGCAAAUGCGAUCAAGCACUAUCGCUUUCUACACAAUAAAGAGGCAGACUCUACCUUACCAUCCAAGCGACGAUGACAUGCUAGUGUGGAUGAAACGAUUAGGUAGUGGCGAAGAUGAUCAGGCAGGCGGCGGUGAAGUGAAGCAGGCAGAUUGGGUAGGGAGUACCUGGCCGACAUGGAAUCUCCGAUUUGACUUGGAGCUAUAA